GGGCGGCCGCCGCGCAUGCGGGGCUCACAGGGCUGCAGCCGGCGCCGCUGCCACUCCCGGGAGCAUGAAGGACCGAACCCAGGAGCUCCGCACGGCCAAGGACAGCGAUGAUGAUGAUGACGUCACUGUCACCGUGGACCGAGACCGCUUCAUGGAUGAGUUCUUCGAACAGGUGGAGGAGAUCCGCGGCUUCAUUGACAAGAUCGCGGAGAACGUGGAGGAGGUGAAGCGGAAGCACAGCGCCAUCCUGGCCUCCCCCAACCCUGACGAGAAGACGAAGGAGGAGCUGGAGGAACUCAUGUCUGACAUAAAGAAGACCGCAAACAAAGUUCGCUCCAAGUUGAAGAGCAUCGAGCAGAGCAUCGAGCAGGAGGAAGGCCUGAACCGUUCUUCCGCUGACCUGAGAAUCCGAAAGACACAGCACUCCACGCUGUCCCGGAAGUUUGUGGAGGUGAUCGAAUACAACGCCACCCAGUCUGACUACCGCGAGCGCUGCAAGGGCCGCAUUCAGAGGCAGCUGGAGAUCACCGGCCGGACCACGACGAGCGAGGAGCUGGAAGACAUGCUGGAGAGCGGGAACCCGGCCAUCUUUGCCUCGGGGAUCAUCAUGGACUCCAGCGUCUCGAAGCAGGCCCUGAGCGAGAUUGAGACGCGCCACAGUGAGAUCAUCAAGCUGGAGAACAGCAUCCGGGAGCUGCACGACAUGUUCAUGGACAUGGCCAUGCUCGUGGAGAGCCAGGGGGAGAUGAUUGACAGGAUUGAGUACAACGUGGAACAUUCGGUGGACUACGUGGAGAGGGCAGUGUCGGACACCAAGAAGGCCGUCAAGUACCAGAGCAAGGCUCGCCGGAAGAAGAUCAUGAUCAUCAUCUGCUGUGUGGUCCUGGGCAUCGUCAUCGCCUCCACCUUUGGCGGCAUCUUUGGCUAGAAACCGCCCCACCGGCCAUUCGCUCCGGAUGGUCCACCCCGAGGAGGCCCCCCUGGCAGCCACCACCUGGCUGGGGGCCCUCUCCUCCCUCCCCCAGACUGCUCCGUUCUCUGCCACAGGGGCCCUGCCCCACCCUGCCCUGAGCCGUCGUGUGCAUGAUCUUUGUGACAGUGUGCGUCUGUACAGAACAGGCAGGGGGGAGCCAGGCUGGGAAACCGCCAGCCGGGUGGGGCUGGGCCAGCAAGGGACAGACGCAGGCCCUGGCCCAGGCCUCCUUCGCCGCUGGGCAGGGCUGCCCUGAGUGGUUAGCCACGCUCCCCUUCCCUGCCUCCCCUCUGGCCUGGGGCCUGCCCUCUCCUGGCAUCAGGGCUCUUGCCAGACCCCGACCUUGCCUCUUGCUGACCAGGCCAUCUGCCCCAUCCUGUGUCCUCUCCAGCUGUGCCCCUAAGCCGAGCCCCGAGGGCUGGGGACCAGCUGGCCACAUGGUGCUGCUUUUCGGGUUAGAGGAGGGGUGGCCCUGAGAGACAGCCCAGCUCUAAGCCUCUAACAGCUGAUCACUGCCAGGGAGGCUCAGGGUGCCGUGGCCAGGUGGCUUCUGGCCGUGUCAAGACCAGGCUUCCUUCCCUACCGUGGAGCAGUCCAGUAGGUCUUUGGCGGCCUUAGCCUCCCUUCCUACACUCCUGCAGCCCCAGGAGCAACCCCCUUGGGCUAUGCCUGACCCCGGGUCACAUUCUGCAAGGGGCUGACUGGUGCCUGGUCUGCAGCCGCUGUUGGAGCUAGUGAGGCAGAGCAGGCUCAGUCAGGCCUCUGUGCUGGCGAAGCCCACGGCCUGGGCCAGCCACUCUCCCCACAGGCCUCAGUCGGGUCCUCAAGCCAUUGUAUGUUGCAUGUUUGGGACAGUGGUCCCUGCUCUCUUGUGCUCGAGAAGUCGACGUUACUUCUGGCCUGCCAUCCUGUCCUGCCCUCACUGCCCCCACUGAUGUGCCACGUGGGUGUCAGGUGUCUCAGACACAGUAUUCAGCAGCCACCAGGAGGAAACCUCCCUCUUCCCACCAUCUGGGGACUGAGGUCAGAAACAAGCCUCCACUCAAGACCCCUCUUCCUCGUUGACAGGCAAGGCGUGUGCCUGCGAGCGCAUGCAGUAGGGAGGGGCCAGCUCUGUGCCCCUCCUUCCCUUGGCUUUGCUCUUGCCGGUGUCGGUGACCACCGUCCGUGCUGCCUUCUUGAACAGCAACUCCCCUCCCCCCACCCCUUCACCAAAGGUCUUGGUACAACCAGCGGCCCAUUUUGUGAAGUUUUUAUGUAGACUAAACAUUUGUAUCUGUACCAUG